AUGCCGACGGUUGAUACUUUUGGCCCUCUGUCCUCCGAGUUCGAGCCCGAGCUAUGUGGUGCCCACCGUAACGACCGUGCCGGCGGGCGUCGGCGACCUUCCGGGCAUGUACCGCCCUGCUACCCGCCUUCGCUCUCCUCCGCGAUCUGCCCGACCGGUCCCUCCACUUUUUUGUUGUCCAACAAUACUGCUGAGAGAAAACGCCUUCCUCGCUCCCUGCCUCGACCAUCGGUUUUCGUUGCCCUCGCCUCCCUGAUCCUCGUGCUCAGCGCCCUGUUCCGUCCUGCCGCGGCCGCCGCCGUCCCCUUCGAAAACUGCCUGUCCGCGUCCUACAUCAAUAACAUACCUACGCCGCUGCAAUGGGUCCCUCAGUGGGUCGACGCCUCGUUCAACGCGACGGAUCCCAAGCACACGCUCCGUGUAACCAUGUGGGGAAAUGUGAAGGGGGCCUUCACCGAUGUUGUGCUGCCGCCGCCCGAGAGUCCGGACUGGAAGGACCCGACCAGGACCGACGGCAAGAUUAUAGACGAGCCUGAGCCGGACGUGCCGAACCCCAAACUCACGACCCUCCGGAGCAAGGUCAAUGUCCUGACCUACGAACCUUGGAGUGACCUUACGAACUUUUGCAACACAUCACUAACCAAUGCCUCGUGCCCACCUGGGGCUGUCUUCGUCAAGGCCAACUCAAGUCUACUUCCGUACGUCCUGCCAUCCGUAACCAUGAGCAACGACUUCUAUUCGUCUUACGCCUUCUCGUCCUUUACGGCAACUUUCAUCAUCAUAUAUGGAGAUGCCAAAGGGACCGACAUUGGGUGUGUUUCGGCUGCCGUGACGCCCGAUUUGGGGGAUCUGGCCUGGUUGCUCAAAUUUCUGCCACUGCUCGUGUUGUUGUUUGUGGGCGUGGCCACUGUCUUUGCCGGCAUCUUCAGCCCGUGGGGGGCAGCCGACAUCUUCCAGUGGAGCUCCAAUUACGGCCGCGAUCCAGACCUUCUCCGCCUCGUUACACCCGGGUUCGGGGAUUGCCUGCAGUACAUCCAAUUCGUCGUUCUCACGGGAGGGCUCACUCUGAAUUACCCAGGCUUCUACCAACCUAUCGUCAGCCAGGGGUCUUGGGCGACCUUGAUGUUUAACCAGACCUUCGUGAGCAAGGAACCCGGGUGGAUCAGCGUGCGGGAUGGCAUUUACAUCACAGACGGUAUAUACGGUCUGCAGGAUCUUGCCCAGCUGGUCGGUAUGGGCAACGUCGACGACAUAUGGGCUGGGAUGAUGGUAUGGUUGCUCGUUAUCAUCGGCUGCAUGAUUGUGCUCCUCCAGGCAGGCUUCUUCGCCCAGUGGCUUUAUCGCUUCGUGAAGAAGAUACCGGAGGAGGACCUUCGUGCCAAGAAUAUUCCUUUCACCCUGGGGAACGUCAUCAGGAUUGUUUUCAACUAUUUCCUGCUGCCAAUUGUAGCGUUGUCAACUUUUCAGCUGGUCGUCGCCAGCGGUUCACCGGCUUACGCAGUCACCUUGGCGGUUGUUACGUUGAUUCUGAUCGUCGGUUUUGCCGCUUGGUUACUUUACCUCAUCGCAACCACGAAACCGAGGGCAUUCUUGUUCGACGAUCUCCCUACAUUACUUCUCUACGGUCCGCUCUACAACACUUAUUCCGAUGAAGCCGCCGCCUUUACGCUAAUCCCGGUCGUCCUCACGUUCGUCCGCGGCAUCGCCAUUGGAGCCGUUCAGCCCGCAGGGGUAGCCCAGGUGGUCCUCCUCGCCAUCUGCGAGGUGAUACAAAUCCUGACCCUUCACGCCUUUCGACCCUUCCACUCCCCGACGUCCAUGAACGCUUACCACACCCUUUUUUCCGCCCUUCGCCUCAUCACGGUUCUUUUGAUGGUAGCUUUCAUUCCUUCACUUGGAGUGACCGAUGGACCCAAAGGCUGGAUUGGUUACGCUAUCCUCGUCACCCAUGCCGGCGUGCUCGUUCUUGGCUUCCUCCUUAACGCCGUGCAGACCAUAGUUGAGGUUCUCGCCCGGAUGCUUGGAGCCGGCGGAGAUGACAUCCGCGGACAGUCGAGGGGUGCUUUAUCCAAGAUUUUUGGGAUGCGUCAACUAUCGCGUCGCAUGUCCCGACGGGAGAAUGGGCCAUCUAGACACAGCCAGCUAUCCAGCUCGGCAAUGCUUGACGCCGACGAAGUGUCCAAAACCGGAUACGCUAUGCCCAGUGGCCGUGUCCGGAGCGAAUCGGCCGGAAGUAUCGGGAUGUUGAUGCAUCGCCGCCAGAGAAGCUCAUCCGUUUUGGAUAACUUGAGCCUUGAUACCCCAGCCCGAAAUUUCGACAGCGGUGCAAGCUCCUUCACCCCGACAACACCGGGCGAGGCGAGUACCUUCUCCUAUCUGCCAUCACCUAAACAAGUACUCCGACACCCCGGCCCCUUUGGUAUGCAGACACCAGAUCCCUAUUAUCGUCCACCGAGACAGCGACGCCCGACCUUGGAGGCGCCGUCUUCGCCGACUUCCAACACGGCCGGGACUUGGCAAGGCGGUGAACGGUCCCAGAAACGCUUGAGCCAGCCUGGAACCGGCAUGCUUGGAGAUCCUGCGGAAAUCGGGGCCCAGAUAUCUAGAGACGUGACGCCUGCACCCUACAUUGUACCUUUCGCCCCACGAGCUGACUAUUCAACCCGUGAGGUGGAUUUCUAUUACGGGGUCAGGGGUGAGCGGCUGAAUUCGGACGCGCCGAACCGUAAAUUGAGGACCGGGCCGGCGGACCCGACCAGGCCGGUCCCAUCCGCGACGGGGUGGUUCUGGGGCUUGUUUGGGAAUAAAGCAAAGGACAAAGGGAAAGGAUUUGAGGUGGUCAGGAGUUCACGGAUGCCACCCGCCAUGCGAGCUGCGGGCGGUAAUUUUGAGGAUGAGCCCCCGCCGGAAGGGAUACCAGUCGCAAUGGGUGUCUUGCGGAACGGACCUAUCGAGUCAGAUGAAGAGGACGAGCGGCAGGGGGGCAAGGUUGCAGGUCCCUCACACGUAACGUCACCGGAACGAGAGCCACUCAACAGCCGACGGAGGUCCCAGGAGGACAGCUCAGACGACCCCCCUUUAGUCCCAAUCGCGUCCGAGGACGCCACCACGGCAAAUACCGCCAACCUACCGAGUGAAAACCCGCAGCAUAACGCGGAUGGCGAUCUGAAAGUCCCGGAUGUUCCCCGAAAGAGCUCCAAACGGAAUUCGUGGACCAGCUCUCAGAAGGGGGAAUCGCACUUAUUACAACCCGAGACUGAUCGGCCAAUGAAUCUCUCUCCGUCGGCAGCAACGCCGUCCCGGCUACCGUUUGAGCGGACCCCGUCCCAGAAACGCCUAUCCGGCUCGUCUGCAGGGCUCACAGACGAGUUUACCCAGGUCGACCUACAAGAACCCAACGGCGGAGCAACUGGCUACGGGUUCGUUAACCAGGGCAGUGUUAACAGAGUUGACCACGAGGUCGAUCUUUUAAGCAGUUCUGCUGAGGUGGUGGACGAGAGACGAUAG